AUGAAAGGAGUUAUGAGGAAGGUCAAGUUGAGCCCUAGAUAUAUCGGGCCCUUUGAGAUUCUUGAUCGGGUUGGACCGGUGGCUUAUAGGGUAGCACUCCCACCUUCACUUGCAGGGGUGCAUAAUGUAUUCCAUGUUUCCAUGUUGAGGAAGUACGUCUCUAACCCCACCCACAUUAGUGAUUAUGAGCCACUACAGAUUCAGGAAGAUAUGACUUAUGCUGAAGAACCAGUGCAGAUCUUAGAAAAGAAAGCACAUGUGUUACGGGCUCAAACCAUUCCUUUGGUAAAGGUGCUGUGGAAUACAAAUAAAGCUUCUUGGGAACUUGAGGAAGAGAUGCGAGAUAAACACCCACGAUUUUUUUAUGGGAGCUUUGAUAACUUCUAG